UAAAUCACUUGUCCACUACACAGAUCAAUUGAGAGAAAUAUGGCUCCUUACUCCCACCUUAAUGGUGUGCAUUCAAAAUUGUUGCUGAUGACAAUAUUAGUUACUUUCACAUCAGGAGUCAAACGAUCCGAAGCUGCACGGAUUUUCACCAUUAUAAAUGAUUGCAAAGAGACAGUUUGGCCUGCAAUUACCCCAGGAGAAAUGUUUGGUGGAGGCGGUUUCCUAUUAAAACCAGGCCAAUCUGCUGUUUUUACAGCCCCGGUAGGCUGGUCAGGCCGAAUAUGGGGUCGAACUGGUUGCAACUUUGAUAAAGCUGGCAAUGGCACUUGCCAAACCGGGAACUGCGGUACAGCCCUUAAAUGUGUAGCGUCGGGGGAGACCCCAGCUACACUUGCAGAAUUUACCCUUGCUUCGCUUGAUUUUUACGACGUUAGCCUGGUAGACGGGUUCAAUUUACCAUUAGUUGUAACACCUAUUAAUGGUAGAGGAAAUUGUAGCAUUGCCGGAUGCGAUGGUGAUCUAAGGCCAAAUUGCCCGAAAGAACUUGCAGUCAAAUCCGGAAAUAAUGUUGUUGGUUGCCGGAGUGCAUGCGACGUGUUUCAAUCGGAUCAGUAUUGUUGUAAGGGUAACUAUGGUAAUUCCAUGACUUGCCAACCUACAUAUUACUCAAAGAAGUUCAAGGAAGCUUGUCCAGCUGCUUACAGCUACGCUUAUGAUGAUCCAAGCAGUAUCUUUACCUGUUCUGGAACUGAUUACAUCCUGACAUUCUGCUCUUCAAGGAAACAAACUGUGUGUACAUAUCAUAAUAAUAAGCUCCUCUGCAGUGGAUCAAACGGCUUAAAACCACUCAUUAAGAAAUGGUGGGCUAUGAUAUUCAUAUUUUCAUCAAUAAGUUCAUUGUUUAUGUUUUGAAAACCAAGAAACAAGCGGGUAGUUACAAGAUCAUGUCCAUUGAGCUUCCAUAAAAUCAAGAUCAAGUUCGUUUUUUCAAUAUUAUCUGUUCCAUUGAGCUUGAUCAACCAAUUACAAGAUCAUGUCCCUGACGGACAAUCAUUUCUUUCCAAAUAAAAGUGUUGUUUUUUUUGCCAAGAAUUGUUUAUGUUGAAGUUGUUCAGUAUUGUAAUACAAGAUUUUAAAAAAUUGUCAAGGAUUCCUGAGAAGCAUUCUGCAAAUGUACGAUAGCUUUGUGUACUGGGAUGAGAUUUAAUUCCCCUUCACAUCAAACGGCAUGGGAAAAUCAAAAGCAUUCCAUAAAAAAAAAAAUCAAAAUCAUGGUUAUUCAA